AUGUUUGUGUGGUCGAUCUUGCUGACCUUGCUUCUGGCAGGUACCAGCCAUGGAAAAGCCGUAUUUACUCAUUUCAUGGUCGGCAAUACUGGAAACUAUAUAGGAAGUGAUUUCCAUGAUGAUAUCACCAAGGCCAAGGAAGCUCACAUUGAUGCCUUUAUCCUGAAUAUGGCGAAUGCCGACCCCGUCAAUGACGCGGUAGUGUCAAUAUUCUUUCAGGAGGCCGAAAGGCUUGGGUUCCAUGACGUGAUCAAUAUGAUCAACAACUACGGCGGGAAGGCCUCCUACUACCACUACGAAGGCAAGCCUUUGGUGUCAACCUUUGAAGGCCCUGCAAAUUCAGAUGAUUGGCUCAUCAUCAAGCAGUCCACAGGAUGUUUCUUUGUGCCAGACUGGUCGUCGUUGGGAGCCAAGCCAGCAGUGGAGCUAGGCACGGCGGACGGUCUGUUCAACUGGGCCGCUUGGCCAUGGGGAGGUCAAGAAAUGAACACUUACGUCGACGCCUCGUACACGGAAUAUCUUGAUGAGCUUCCUUACAUGAUGCCGGCUUCACCAUGGUUCUAUACAAACCUUCCCGGAUAUAAGAAGAAUUGGCUGUGGCGAGGAGACAACUUGUGGUAUGACAGGUGGCAGGAAAUCUGGUAUCUCAAGCCACCGUUUGUUCAAAUUAUCUCCUGGAACGACUAUGGCGAGUCUCACUAUAUCGGACCACUACGAGACUAUGCCAUGGAGGCCUUCGACAUUGGCCGAGCUCCCUAUAACUAUGUCACUGACAUGCCUCAUGAUGGCUGGCGGCUCUUUCUUCCAUUUUUGAUCGACACCUAUAAGUAUGGAAAAGCCACAAUCGAUAAGGAGGGCUUGACUGUCUCAGGAGGAACCUCUGGUAACACUGCGAGCCAGCUUCAAAUUGAGUUUCAUCCAACAGAGAUCGUACAGGACCACAUCUUCUUCUCUGUUCUCCUUAGUGCUCCGGCAACCGUUACGGUCAGUGUUGGUGGAGUAUCCCAACAAGCCAGCUGGACUUGGCAACCGGACGGAGGUGUCGGUAUCUACCAUGGCAGUGUUCCUUUCGGUUCUAGCCUGGGAGACGUCGUCGUCACGUUAUCGCGCUCUGGGAAGCAGGUAGCCCAGGUCCACGGCAGCUCCAUAUCCACGAAUUGCGUCAAGGGGCUGACGAAUUGGAAUGCCUGGGUCGGCAGCGCCAGUGCUAGUGAAAGUGUCAAUGCGAAGCCGGAAACGAAUCUUUUCAAUCAGAAAUGUAUAAAUGGCACCGGAGCCAAUAACUUUGCUGGUCUAUGUGAGUUCGGUUGCAAAUAUGGCUACUGUCCUCUCGGUGCCUGUUACUGCCAGCUUCAAGGGGAGCCUCGAGAAACACCCAAUGCGACCGGACCCAUGGGCUAUCCUCAAGCAGGACUCGAUGCCAGCUAUAGCGGUCUCUGCGCGUUUGACUGCCCUCAUGGAUUCUGCCCCGACACCGCAUGCAGCACCGUCUCUGCACCGUUGUCCACGCCCACUGUCUCACCCUUUUUACCUCCAGCAUGCAUCGGCGGUACAGGGGAAGGUAAUCUCGCCGGUCUUUGUGACUUCAUGUGUAAUUUGGGGUUCUGUCCUAUCAAUGCGUGUACAUGUACUGCCCAAGGUGCUCUUCACACGCUCCCUGAAGCAACAGAUAAGGUUGGUGAAGCGGGUCCAGGAAUGGAUGAAACUGUCUAUGGACCCCUUUGCGAGUUCACCUGCAAGUAUGGAUACUGUCCCGAAGGCGCAUGUGCCAUCUCUACGUCUGGUGGAGAGGGUGACGACAAGGGCUCUGGUGAUGUCUAUGUAGAUCCAGGCAUCUUCCUGAAACCUUCCCCUGUUGUCGGAUGUAUUCCGCCUUGUACUCUGAUAAUGCCAGACCUGCUCCUGAAUAACCCAACGACAAUCUAUUUAUCUCCGGUGGCUACGUCCAUUACCUUGGGAACCACCACUAUCAAGACCCUUUACCCCAGCCCCAUUACUACCACGGCUAUGAGCUAUUUUAAUAUGCCUGUCGGCCCCGGUCAAACGAGACCCUUCUCCUUCUAUCUGACUCCCAGCUAUUCUCCGGAGCCCGUCACAUUGGAGGCGGACGGUACUUCCACCACAAUCUUCAUACCUCCAGUCUCUAUCCAGUCAAUUACACCAGGUGAUAUCGCGACUUCUACAAUCACGACCACGACACACCGUGCCCAGACCUCACCGGCUACCUCCGCUACCUCAACGACGGUUGUUCCAGUAUGGGUCCAGGCUGGAGGCUUCUAUUGGUCUCCGGUACCCCAGCCUACCCCGAAACCGGAGGAUAUACCCGUGCCCCCACUGCCCUCGUUUCCUCCGAUCCCCAAGGCACCACGCUUCAAACUCUUCGAUUUGUUCUCAAUCGACUGCCCCCCAAACCGAUUCCUUCCAACAACCACUUUUACCAGCCACGCCCCGUUCCCCUCCUGUACAGAUAUCAAUAGCCCCGGCUGCGGACAUCGCUGUACCUCGAACUGCGGUAGCAGUUCCAGCGAGGAGAGCACCGCGCAGACAGCCACCAACUACUGGGUCACUUGCUCUGACACCAGCUGCUCCACCACAAAGACGGCCACUUUUACCGGAUGCUCAGUGACUAACUCGGCCACGACAACGGGCAAGUAUUGUCCGACGGGUGUCAAGAUCAAUCCCAAUGACGACCAGGGGGCUAAUGGUUAUCCCCCACGAACGACCUCUAUCAUCACUACCAGUAUCCCGGAGAUUGCCGUCGUCGGGGGCGAUCCAUAUACGGUAACGGGAGGAACCAUCAAUGUCGAUGGCACGACUAUCCGGGUGCCCAACGUGGAUGGCAACGAGCAGCAUGGUUGCCGUGCCAGUGUUCCCAACGGCCAAGCCAACUUCCGACUCAGGAUCCCACUCCACUACCUCCUCGACGACCACGUCUACCAUUACUACUACCACCAGCUCGGCAAAGCCAGCGCCUACCUCUGCGGAUGGUUGUGA